UUCGAACUAUGUUUUCAGUCUUCUGUCACAGUUCGAACGAUCCGGUCGCGAUUCCAUGACGAGAGAAUUUCAGUGGUGGACGCAGAAUUUGAAUGUUGGUGAAUGAAUUGGAACACGGAGACGGCGGUGUGGAUGAUUGGCAGUGAACGAAAUUUAAUUCGAUUAGGCUAGAAUUACAUUUACGACUUGACCGUUCAUUCGGGAAGUUUAAUAGGUGAAAGGUGAUCAGAACUUCAUCUGCUGUCGACGAAUUCUUGGAAGAAAAGCAUAACCAAUCCAAUAUGUUGAUGUGGAUGAUAGUGGCAGUGACAGUGCACACGGUUCGCGGUAGCAACCUGAUGGCACUCCAUGAAUCAUCGAGCGAGAAUCGGGCCUCGUCUGCAGCGAAAUUCUGCACCGAUCUGAAUCCUCAGACCGGACUGGAUAUCGAGCAAAUAAUGGGUCUCUGGUACGGCAGCGAAGUAAUAACUCAUCUCGGUCACGAGGAUGGCGAAUCGAUCUACGACACGUGUGUGGUGAUUCAUCUGGCGGAUAUAACGAACUCGACGAAUACCAGCGAAUAUCCGUCGAGAGAUCAAGGACCCGAUGUGAGAUUCGGUACCUCGUAUGGUUAUCCAGGUGAUCGAACUUAUCACAGCACGGAGGAAUACGGAAAUCGUCGCUAUCAGAACCGUCAGCAGCAUCAGCAACAGCACCAACAACACCAGCAACAGCAACAUAACUAUCGGCAGCCAUUUUCCAACACCCAAUACCUGCGAUUAAUUUGGGACGAGAAGGAUCACACCCUGGAAUAUACCUUGCGGUACAACAACACAAGGCCCGGAUUCUGGAUUGCAUCGACACCGCAGACCGGGACCAUGGUUCAACUGUCGUACAAUCAAUUCUCCGGUACGGUACAGGUACUUAAGGCCAUCAACAACCAGCUGGUGUUGACGUUCUGCCAGAGUUUACCUGGAGGGCAGCUGUUCUCGGUUGUUCUAUCGAGACACCCGAUGGGAUUGUCACCGGAGGAGAACCAGAGCAUACGAAAUCUGUUGAAAAAGCGAAACCUGUCCACGACUUCGGUGCGGAAAGUUUGUUAUAGCGGAGCUUCAACCCAAUCUUCCCUGGGAAUAUUAUCUGCCUUGUUCAUUGCGCUGCUUUUGCACUGUAUUACAAAAUGAAACCAGUUUGUAGCUCGUUAGGUAUUUUUGAGCAAAUUUUUGCUCGUGCGAAUAUUUCUCGUCAUCCCUGAUCUAUUUCUUAUUUAUUCAUGUUCAGAACUGUUGCUAUGAAGUGUAAUUUUUAAAAUUAUAUUGUAUUUUUGACAACCGUAUUCUACUGCUUGAGUAACAUGUUUAAUGUGUCGGAAAGCUUGACAGGAUCAGCCUGGUGUCAUAAUGUGUCAUACGAAUUCAAAAGUCAUUAGUUAGCCAUAGGAGAACAUCUAAGACAGUAGUUUUAAUUUUUUUCGAAGACGACCUCAAUAAAACGGUUCCUGCCGAAUUCGUUCUGACAA